GGACAGGAAGGGGCCGGCUGCACGGGACGAAGCAUGGCUGCCAAGGUGGCUCUAACCAAGAGAGCUGAUCCAGCUGAGUUGAAAACAAUAUUUUUGAAGUAUGCAAGUGCUGAAAAAAAUGGAGAAUUUUUCAUGUCUCCUAAUGACUUUAUCACACGGUACCUGGGAAUAAUAGGAGCUGGGGUGCCCAAUGCAAACACUGUGCAGCUCCUGGGAGGUGUGGUGGAUCAGACCAAGGAUGGGCUUAUAUCCUUUCAAGAAUUUGUGGCAUUUGAAUCAGUCCUGUGCGCUCCAGAUGCAUUGUUCAUGGUGGCCUUUCAACUGUUUGACAAAACAGGCGAAGGAGAAGUUACUUUUGAGGAUGUUAAACAAGUUUUUGGCCAGACCACAAUUCAUCAGCACAUUCCGUUUAACUGGAAUUCAGAGUUUGUGCAGCUGCAUUUUGGAAAAGAUCGAAAAAGACGCCUAACAUAUGCGGAGUUUACCCAGUUCUUACUGGAAAUACAGUUGGAACAUGCAAAACAAGCAUUUGUGCAGCGAGACAAUGCUCAAGCUGGAAGAGUCACUGCCAUUGACUUCAGGGACAUUAUGGUCACUAUCCGGCCACACAUGUUGACACCAUUUGUAGAAGAAUGUCUAGUAGCGGCUGCUGGAGGUACCACUUCCCAUCAGGUCAGCUUUUCCUAUUUUAAUGGAUUUAAUUCCCUCCUUAACAACAUGGAGCUCAUUAGGAAGAUCUACAGUACUCUGGCUGGAAAUAGAAAAGAUGUGGAAGUGACUAAAGAGGAGUUUGUUCUGGCAGCUCAGAAAUUUGGUCAGGUUACACCAAUGGAAGUUGACAUCUUGUUUCAGUUAGCAGAUUUAUAUGAGCCACGGGGACGCAUGACACUAGCUGACAUUGAAAGAAUUGCUCCUUUGGAAGAGGGAACACUGCCCUACAAUCUGGCUGAGGCUCAGAGACAGAAAGCUCCAGGUGAUGUUUCUCGCCCUAUUCUCAUCCAAAUAGCAGAAUCGGCCUACAGGUUUGCCCUGGGUUCAAUUGCUGGAGCUGUUGGAGCUACUGCAGUGUAUCCAAUUGAUCUGGUGAAAACUCGAAUGCAAAACCAGCGCUCUACCGGGUCAUUUGUGGGAGAACUUAUGUACAAAAACAGCUUUGAUUGCUUUAAAAAAGUGCUGCGUUAUGAAGGCUUCUUUGGACUGUACAGAGGUCUUUUACCACAAUUAUUGGGAGUAGCCCCAGAGAAGGCCAUAAAACUUACUGUUAAUGAUUUUGUGAGAGACAAAUUUAUGAACAAAGAUCGUUCUGUCCCACUGGCAGCAGAAAUUCUUGCUGGCGGUUGUGCUGGAGGUUCUCAAGUAAUCUUCACAAAUCCACUAGAAAUUGUCAAGAUCCGAUUGCAGGUGGCUGGAGAAAUUACCACUGGUCCACGAGUUAGUGCCCUCACUGUAUUACGGGACCUAGGCUUUUUUGGCCUCUACAAGGGUGCAAAGGCAUGUUUUCUACGCGAUAUCCCCUUCUCUGCCAUUUACUUUCCAUGUUAUGCUCACUUGAAAACUGCAUUUGCAAAUGAAGAUGGACAGGUUAGCCCUGGAAGUUUGCUCAUGGCUGGAUCAAUAGCUGGUAUGCCUGCGGCCUCUCUAGUGACCCCUGCUGAUGUUAUCAAGACUCGAUUACAAGUGGCAGCCCGGGCAGGGCAAACCACUUACAGUGGUGUCGUAGACUGCUUUGGAAAGAUACUGCGAGAGGAAGGCCCAAAAGCUUUGUGGAAAGGAGCUGGUGCUCGUGUGUUUCGAUCCUCUCCUCAGUUUGGCGUAACUUUGGUGACUUAUGAGCUGCUGCAGAGAUGGCUUUACGUUGACUUUGGGGGAGUAAAACCAGCUGGAUCAGAGCCAGUUCCUAAAUCCAGGAUCACACUACCUGCUCCUAACCCUGACCAUGUUGGAGGUUAUAAAUUGGCAGUUGCCACAUUUGCAGGGAUUGAAAAUAAAUUUGGACUAUACCUACCUCGAUUUAGGCCAUCAGCACCUACCUCACAGGCUGCUGCAGCCAUUGGACCCUAA